UUCGUCGACGAUUCUCCAAUUAACAAAUUGAUUCAGACGAAAUAAAAACUAUUGAAAACGAUAAAUAAAUAAAUAUCAUUUCAAAUUCCAAUAUUAUAUCCGGAGUAACAUGGAAGUGUUUUGCUAUAACAAGCGAAAGUAAAAGCUUUUUUUAUACUAUUAAGUUUGUGUAAUUAUAAUCACAACAUACAAACUUUUAAUUCUGCUUCAGCAAAAAGAACGACGAUUGAAAAAACAAAAAAGCCAGGCUAUACGGAUUACAUUCGUGUGAUACCCCAUACAAAGGACAAGGGGCGUUGUUCUUUUCGGUUCUGUAUCAUCCUUUGGCUUAGAAUUUUACGUAACAUUUAAACAAUAGUGUAUUCUUAGUCUUGAAAAGGAGGGGAGCAAUUCAACAGCACGCAACACAAUGGCUUCUCAAGUUAAUGAGUCUUCAAAUGACUAUGAGUUUCUAAUGCAGCGAUUACACAUUGGUACUGCCAAUCAUGGUGGUAAUUCCAAUAGCAACAGUAUUCAAAGAACCCAAAGACAACAAACACAACAGCAGCAGCAACUGCAACCAACUCAUGAGGACUAUCGCAUGUACGAAAGGGCAAACAUUACGACGGCCUCCAAGUAUGCCACACCUAAACAUAUCGAACAAUUGCAAUACUCACCCAGAUUGAAUGCCGACAUUCCUUUGAAUGGCACCAACUCGCCUGUUUAUGAAAAUUUGGAUUUUUAUCAGAGUUCAACGGGAGUGGUGGCUGCCAUCAAUAAACGAGCACAGCCACAAAGUCCGGCUUCCAUGGGGCAAUCUCAGCAUACACAAAGAGGCCAUUAUAUGGUAAUGCAACCACCCAUUACGGGGAAUUCGUCAUUGCGCUACGCUCACACUCCAGUGCCGGAUCCAGACUCCACCCCAAUUUAUGAAAAUAUGCGGGUCAUUCCAAAUUCAGGCCAGAGGGCCCAGCCGCAGGCUUCACCAGCUACGGCAACUAUUUACCAGCAUCACAAUAUUGAUUCGGUUUUAGCUUCACCCCAACAUCAUGGCAAUCUGCAUGCAGCCCGUUUGCAACAGCAACAACAACAACUUCAUCAGCAACAUUCUUCACUUGAGCUUUCCGAGGGUCAAGCUAGCAAUAACUUGGGUGUAAACACCUUGGAUCUAUUGGCUUCUCCAAUGCACAGGCGGAGCACUUCCAAUUCUUCGCUUAAAACAGCGGCACAACCGCAAACAUUGAGUGGUGGUGCAGUGGGAUGCGAACCAAACUCACCAACACAACGCUAUCGAAAUCUUUCCUUGCCCAGUCAUAUGAGCAACACAGCAAUUUCGCCAUCGAAAUCAUAUACAAGUUCCAGCUCCAGCAUGGGUGGCCCAAACGAUUAUAAGUUGCAUCAACACACUCCCUUAAAAACAACGCAUAACACUGCCGGUAUAAACGUUUCGGUCAACCCAAAUUACAUUGAAGAAAUCAAUAGUUCCGACUAUGUCUGCAUGACUGCUAAUCUAAACAAUAGUCCUCUUUUGAAACCACAAAAGCCAUUGCCGUCGUACAAUACACUGGAGAACACAUCAGGAGGUGGUUCAGGGCAAAAGUCCAACUUAACUCAAGCAAAUGUGGAAAAUCGUCGAGUCUCACCGACUGGUGGCAUUCCAAAUACAGCGUCAAAUAAUAGUAAGCUAUUCACGCCCAUACAGGCUAACCAUAGUGGCAAUAGUCUACCGGCAACUUCACCCACACCAUCACAAACUAGUAGCACAGGAGGCUUAGCUAAGAAUCUUCUACCAUAUAGCGUAACAAAGCGCCCGGCUGGUCCGUCUGAGGCACAAAGAAAAAUUGAAGAAUUAACUAGGCAGCUUGAAGAGGAAAUUGAGCAAAGCGAAGAGCAAGGAGAAUAUUUUGGCAUUUGUCACACAUGCGGUGAGAAGGUAAAGGGUGCCGGCCAAGCAUGUCAGGCUAUGGGCAAUCUUUACCACACCAAUUGUUUUAUAUGCUGUUCCUGUGGCCGUGCUUUGCGUGGCAAAGCAUUUUACAAUGUGCAUGGCCGUGUUUAUUGUGAAGAGGAUUAUAUGUAUUCUGGUUUUCAACAAACAGCCGAAAAGUGUGCUAUUUGUGGUCACUUGAUAAUGGAGAUGAUUUUACAAGCCAUGGGCAAAUCUUAUCAUCCCGGUUGUUUCCGUUGCUGUAUCUGCAAUGAAUGUCUAGAUGGUGUUCCUUUCACAGUGGAUGUAGAUCACAAAAUCUAUUGUGUCAAUGACUAUCAUCGUAUGUUUGCUCCUAAAUGCGCUAGUUGUGGCAAGGGUAUAACUCCUGUUGAGGGCACCGAUGAGACGGUACGUGUUGUUUCCAUGGAUAAGGAUUUCCAUGUUGACUGUUAUAUUUGUGAAAACUGUGGCAUGCAGUUAACAGAUGAACCAGACAAGCGUUGCUACCCCCUGGACAAUCGCCUUCUAUGUCGUUCAUGCCAUUUACAAUGCCUCUCACUACAAUCGUCUUCACAUGCUGGCCAAGAACCAGUAUGUGCCUCCUAUCAAUAUAUGGGUUAGAAGCAGACUCAGAAAAUUCCUUAACCUCAAUUGAACUAUUUUGCAAUAUGUAAUUUUAUACUACAUACAACUGUAUGUGCAUACUAUAUUGAUUGUGUAGCCGAUUAAGUGUUGGUGGUAACACUCAUAUUAGGAAAAUGAAUGCUUUUUGUAGAGAUUUACUCUUUAAGUGUCGCCGAGACGGUAAUGCACAAGACAUACCAAUACUGCAUUUACAAUACAAGAAUUGGUAAUACAUUCUCAAGUACUUUAGAAAAUAUAUUUUAGACCUAUACAUUAUACUAUUGAAAAAACAAAACAUGAUACAUAUUUUUGUACAUACGCAGUGCAUUCGUAUGUGAUUACUAUUUUUAAAGGCAACUUCUUUUUGUACCACUUUAGUAUUAAAUUUGUUAUAUAUUCGAAGUUUGCUUUAUUAUUUUUUUUUUAUAAAUUUUACAUACAUACAAAUAAAUAUUUUUGUGGCAACAGUUGGCAAUAUAACUACUCUUGCUGCUUAUGACA